CGGGCGCCCGGUCCUAUCAACGUCCAGGGUCCCAACCAAUCCCGCGCCCUGCGAGCCAUACAUUCCGCCCACCCUCCCCGCUGCACACAGCCGGUUUGAACGCAGAGGCCUUUACCGAGGCCAGUCCAAUCAGAGGCCCGAUCUUACCUGCUCUACCCGAAAGUCCCGUCCCCCGACCAAUCAGCUGCCCGCCUAGCUAACCCGGGCCUUGAAACCGGAGGGCGAAUGCGUCCGGCCGUUCAACGCCAACCUCCCAGCAAUCGGGGAACCCAGCCAAUCUGGUCAUUAUGGAACGACUGCAGCAGGUGCUUCAGAUGGAGCCACAUAUCCAGAGCACGUCGGAUAGGAUCCAGUUCCGUGACCUUCAGUCCUUACUUUGUGCAACUCUUCAGAAUGUUCUUCGGAAAGUGCAACAUCAAGAUGCUUUGCAGAUCUCUGAUGUGGUCAUGACCUCCCUGUUACGGAUGUUCCAAAGCACAGCUGGGUCUGGAGGAGUGCAAGAUGCCCUGAUGGCAGUUAGCACACUGGUGGAAGGAAGCAUUCUGAAUGCUGCCAACCUAUCCUUGGAGAGAGACUGCCUCCAUCGUGCCCUCUGCAGCACAUUCAGGAUGUGCCAACACACCAUCUCACAACGGUCCAUUUGCUGGCCAGUCUCACCUCCUGGACUGUAGGAAACCAGGAUGCCAGGCCCUAGGGUGAGAUGAGCCUAAAACUUAC